AUGGUGGGCCCCAACACCUUUCGGCGCUAUCUGGCCGCUACCUUCCUCCUCCUAAGCUUUGCCCGCAAGUCAUACGGCAUGUUCUACAUCGUUCAGAAGCAUAUGCAAUCUAUGUACUCCUGCGGCACACAUGGAGAAGAGUGCUGUGAGGAUGACUUCCCAGUGUGGGAGUUACAUUCUAAUAUUCCCGGGCUUCCACCCCAGACUACGGCCUGCACGGAUAACCUGGGCAAGUACGAAGCCAGUAACUACAGAGGGAAGAUCGGUACCUGCAAGUACGGCGACUUUACUGGCUUAGGCAACAGCUGGGCUUUCUGCGAAACGGACUAUGGCGGAAAUCUCUAUCUCAAUGGCUUGCAUAAGGUCUGCAAUAAGGUCAACCUUUAUCAGGCCUAUAUCUGUGUCCAGUACCCUACUUGUGUGAACUAUGGCGAGAUUGUUAUUGCGUGCUACGAUGAUGCUUGGCAUUCAGGCUGGUAA